AUGGAAGCAUCUAAUGGUAUUGUUUCCUAUUGUGAUCCGUUAACUCUAAAAUCUUAUGAAGAACAAAAAACUCAUGACUGGCCAGAACGAGGAAAACACAUAAUCAGCCACUACAACGAGAAUUUUAUUAUCGUUUAUCAAGCCUACUCUUCUACCAUUGCAAAUCCAGCUGCUCUCCAUCAAGAUUUCACUACCCAAAACCCUUCAUUUCAGCCUUUAAGGAUGACAUGAAUUAAGCCAAACUUUUUGUGAAUGAUGUACAGAUCAGGCUGAGCCACUAAGCCAAACCAAGAGCAUAUUUUAGCAGUCUAUUUAAGGAGAGAGUGGUUUGAAUCUAUUCUUUCACAAGCAGCUGCAUGAUUUUUCCCUCAGGAAAUUUUAAUGAUUUACUCUCUUAUUUGAUUAAUUUAUUUGACAAAAACUUAUUAGCUUUGCAUAAAAAAAGAAAAAAAAACUUGAUAGCCACAAGCAGUUCUUACUAACCAAACAGCAAAAAAAUGUAAAAGCUCAAACGUUGUUGUGCAGUGGGAUCCAGAUCAUAGACCCAACGGCAGCAAAACUACAAGGCGCGCAAUACAAAUUGGGCUUAGAAAGGAAGCUUCUCAAGCGUAUGCACAAGGGAUUUAUGGUCCAGCAAUUUUGAAGAUUGAAGAUAUAACAGAUUAUGUAAGGGAGGUUAGAAACGCUACACAAGAAGGGAAAACUGGGAUAGACUUCUUAAUGAAAAUUGAAAAAGAAUAUGAAGUUUCUGCUGAGCUAAGACUAUCAUUAGGUAUGGAUAUCGAUGAUUAA